UGUCGAUCGGCGCGUGAGCUCGACCCUGAGCGCAGUACUGUGCGCCCCAGCGCAAGGAGGUCAAACGUUGCGAGUCUUCACGCGUACAAGAGGUUUCGUCAUUGGCUUACUGCAGCGUGGCUGCUUCUUUGCAUCGAGAGUGAUGAUGAUUUACUCAGCACAAUGCCUCCGACUUAGGCGGUGAGACAGACGACAGUGUUUCUAACCUUGACUGGACCUGUUCUAUCUAUACGUGGAACACAUGUUCGUUUACGAUCUACAUCACACUUCGAGAUCCAGUAACUCUCCGUCGGAUAGACAUACCGGCCGAAACUAAUCAACUGUCCCAGGCGGCGAUGUAUAAGAAGCCAUGUCCGACCGCGAAUGGAGUCUGCAUCGGCUGGUCCGGGUCUCAGUCUUCCUCUUCCUCUUCAAGCCCCAAUUCGUGGCUGCCAGGAUACGCGGUCUUUUUUAUUCCCACCCACCCCUUUCACGCCAGUUCACAACCCAUCAUUGCCUCGGUCGCCGCGCGAUGAGACUCCGCUGCUCCCUCACCAACAUCCUCGUGAUGCUUCUCAUCUCUGUAACACUUACCGCCCCUGUCGACUGGCGUGCAAGCUCCAGCCUGAGCGGGGCCCUGCAUGAUCAAGAGCAGGGAGCCCACUUGAACGUCGACACAGCUGGCUCUGACUCUGGUGGACAAGCAAAGCCAGGCACGGCCAGGAUUGGUGACUUGGAGCUCACGGAGCCUCAGAAUGGCUUCAUACUUUCCUUCUCGCAACAUUCUACGGAAGGAAUAACCACAUCGUUUCUCUCCAUGCAAUUGCUUGCGCCAUACUCAAGAAUUGAGCCCGAGUCCAAUCGCAUCUACCAGUUCGACGUACGCGGACCCAAAAAGUCGCCGAUCCUUGGUCAGAGAGGAUAUGCAGUGAAGGUUACGCAGGACACGGGCCUCACUCAGGAGCAAUUGUUAACUGCUAUGGUCAGUAAAAUGCACAUGCUUCUUGAGCGUGCCGUUAGAAUGCACAUCGUUCAUUGUCCAGGAGGCAGGUGGACCUCCGGCCCGUAGGAUACAAGGUACAGGGUAUAACUUGCUUCAGAGUCCUCCAGAAUCUCCGGAUUCACCACCGGAGGACUGGAUUGUGUGGUUCGAGUCAAAGGAAACACUAUCUGUGGAAGAGCUGGUAGCCGACGUCA